CAUUAAAAUGAAAGCUCUGGAUGAGGUCAGUCUUUGUGAACCUGUUUUAAAUCAUUUGUUUCAUUUGGGUGGGUUAAUAACCCCAUGACCUUGUCAAGGUCACUAAAGAUCUUCAUCAAUAAUAAAUCUUUGUAUGAUUUUUUUAGGGAAAGAUAAGGUUGAUUAAAAUGACAAAAUCUGCUUUAAGAAAGCCUGAAAAUGUGGGAGGGUUUAUUCUUAUCCAGCCUUGGCUCCUCAGGCUGAGCAUGAUGGACAUUCUUUAUUCCUCAUGAGUCACUGCUCUGUUCCCUGGAGUGCUGAGUCAGGUCGUGAUGAGAGGAAGUAGAUGCAGACAACACAGUCGUGAGGCUUUCAUUUCUCCCCCUCCAUCCUUAAUGAUCUAUUGAUCACUUGUUUCCUUGGCUUCCUUUGUUUUAAAUCACCUUUGAUUUUUCUUGAAGCAUUGGAUCACAGGAUUGGAUAAACAAUUUAAUUUAUUCUUUUUCAAUAAGAUUAAUGUGUUGAAAUGUGCAUGCAACCUUUGUGAUGUUUCCUAUCCAGACACUUUAGUGCUCUGAGGAGGCUGUAUGGCAAACAGGUGAUCAUCAACCUGCUGGGUAUGAAGGAGGGUGAACACAUGCUCAGCAAAGCAUUCCAGAGUCACCUGAAAGCUUCAGAGCAUGCGAACGCUGUGAGAAUGUUGAACUUUGACUAUCAUCAGAUGGUUAAAGGUGGGAAGACUGACAAGCUCAGCACUGUCCUGAAACCUCAGAUCAGCAAGUUUCUGGAGGAAUGUGGUUUCUUCUGCUACUCAGGGGAGGCCGGCAUUCAGAGAUGUCAAACUGGGACCAUUCGUUCCAAUUGUCUAGACUGCUUGGACCGAACAAACAGCGUCCAGGCCUUCAUUGCACUUGAGAUGCUUCCAAAACAGUUGGAAAACAUGGGUCUGACUGAGAAGCCUCAGCUGGUGGCACGCUUUCAGGAGGUUUUCCGCUCCAUGUGGUCCACCAAUGGAGACUCGGUCAGCAAGAUCUACGCAGGCACUGGUGCCCUGGAUGGCAAGGCUAAGGGUGGAAAGCUAAAAGACGGAGCUCGCUCAGUCACCAGAACCAUUCAGAACAACUUUUUUGACAGCUCUAAACAGGAAGCCAUUGACAUCCUGAGACUGGGCAGCACCCUGAACAGUGACCUGGCAGACAAGGCACGAGCCCUCCUCACAACCAGCAGCCUGUACGUCUCUGAGCCCAUUUUACAGUCAGCCUCUCCCAGAGUGCUUCUGGGCAUGUGUCAGAACCACUUCAAGUACACGCGUCCCAAGAAGAUCAGAGUGUGUGUGGGUACAUGGAAUGUGAACGGGGGCAAGCAGUUCCGCAGUAUUGCGUUUCGUAACCACACGCUCAAUGACUGGCUCCUGGAUGCCCCUAAGAAGGCCGGCCACCCAGAAUUCCAGGAUGGAAAAUCUAACCCAGUGGACAUCUUUGCUAUUGGCUUUGAGGAAAUGGUAGAGCUGAAUGCUGGAAAUAUCGUCAGCGCAAGCACUACUAAUCAGAAGCUGUGGGCUGUAGAACUGCAGAAGAACAUCUCACGAGAGCACAAAUACGUGCUGCUGGCCUCAGAGCAGCUGGUGGGUGUGUGUCUUUUUGUCUUCAUACGCCCCCAGCAUGCACCAUUCAUCAGGGACGUUGCUGUGGACACAGUGAAGACUGGAAUGGGUGGAGCCACUGGUAAUAAAGGGGGUGUGGCUAUUCGCAUGCUCUUCCACACCACCAGCAUCUGCUUUGUGUGCUCUCACUUUGCUGCCGGCCAAUCACAGGUCAAAGAGAGGAACGAUGACUAUAAUGAAAUUGCACGCAAACUGUCCUUCCCCAUGGGCCGUCUCCUGUACUCCCAUGAUUAUGUAUUCUGGUGUGGAGACUUCAACUACCGAAUAAAUAUUCCUAAUGAAGAGACAAAGGAACUGAUCAGACAGCAGAAUUGGGAUGCACUGAAUACUGGAGAUCAACUGCUGGAGCAGAAAAAUGCUGGACAGAUUUUUAGGGGCUUUAUUGAAGGGAAGCUGGAUUUUGCCCCCACUUACAAAUAUGACCUGUUUUCGGAGGACUACGACACCAGUGAAAAGUGCCGCACACCAGCCUGGACUGACCGUGUGUUGUGGAAGAGAAGAAAGUGGAACUUUGAUAAAACUGCGGAAGAGUUGGAGUUGAAUGUAGUAGGAGCCGCAGUGAAUGAGGAAGAUCAGUACCCAUGGAGCCCUGGAGAGCUCAAGUAUUAUGGUAGAGCAGAGCUCAAAACCUCUGAUCACAGGCCUGUGGUGGCUAUCAUGGAUGUGGACAUACUUGAGGUGGAUCCAGAGGCCAGACAUCAGGUGUAUAAGGAAGUGAUUGCCCUGCAGGGUCCACCAGAUGGCACCAUCCUUGUCUCUCUCUGCACAUCUGGCCCCGAUGACUACUUUGAUGAUGCACUGAUUGACGACCUGUUGGACAAGUUUGCAAAUUUUGGCGAGGUUAUUCUUAUCAGGUUUGUUGAAGAGAAAAUGUGGGUGACAUUUUUGGAGGGAUACUCUGCUCUGGCAGCUCUAUCUUUGAGUGGCUCUACUGUGAAUGGUAAGACCAUAGACAUUCGUCUGAGGAGUCCAGGUUGGAUAAAGAGUCUAGAGGAGGAAAUGAGUGUGGAGAGAAUCUGCGGUAGUAUCCCAACAUCCACCAGCUCUACCCUGCUGGCAGAAAACUCUGACAUGGGAGAAGAGUAUGACAUGGAAGGUGAUGUGGAUGAGGAGGUUGAGGAUAUUUUACCCCAGCACCUGCAACCUGGAGCAGGCAUGGAUCUGGGCGCUUCCCCUGCCACAUCUCCAUGCACCAGCCCCUGCCCCUCUCCUACCCACGGAGAACCUGCGGCCCCCAUCCGGCCCAGCAGAGCCCCUCCAUGCACAGCUGGACCACCACAGGGAGGAUUAAGCCCAGCAUCCAUUAGAAGGGAACUGGCAGGUUCUCCUGUUGAUGGUCAGCCAGCUGAAGCUUCCUCUUCACAGGGACUAGAGCCAAAACGCCCCCCUCCUCCACGCCCCAACGCCCCACCAGCCCGACCUGCACCUCCACAGCGCCCACCACCACCCUCAGGAGGCAGAAGUCCCACACCUGUUAGGAAAGAUUCAGCAGUCUUUGCUGAGCCUCUCAAUCUAGAGUUUGAUCUGACUGAUUAUGAAGGACAAAAAAGCCCAGCAUUAGCACGUGCAGAUGCAGCUGGUCGAGGUCAAGCCACCGGAUCAGCCGCUGGAGGCGCCUCGCGGCCGAUCCCACCUCGAGCAGGAGUCAUCAGCGUCCCUCCUCAGGCUAGACCUCCUCCUCCUGCUCAUCCUGGGGCCCCCAGACCUAUAGCAGAGGUGCAUCCUGGGGCACCACGACCCUCACCUGAUAAUCACCCCGGAGCACCAAGACACGUUCCUGUACCCCAAAGCAAACCAUCUGAACUGCCUCUGGGUUCACUGCCAGGUCCCAUGAGGCCUCAGAUGACAUCACCCAUGCAGCCUCAGUCUGUGUCACCAAUGCAGCCUCCAGUCCAAGUCCAGCUGCCUCCACCCAUACAAUCCCAGCUCCCUCCACCAAUGCAGCCCACCUUCCCUACCCCGCUGGUGCCUCAGCCUGCUCCUCAAGCAUCUACUGGAGCCGCUGCCGCCCCUCAGCCCGGACUGGCAUCUCCUAAGCCUCCACCCCGGAGCCGGUCCUCUCACGCACUGCCACCCGAGUCUGCUCCUGCUCCUACAUCUCAGGCCAAGGACAUGAAUGGAGUCCAAAGAGAAGCACAAUGGAAACUAGACCCCUUCGACAUGCUUAACACCCAGUCCCUCUUCCAGAACACAUUGUUCUCCGCUUCCCUCCCUCACUCCUCUUCCUCAUCCACCCCCUCCCCUUCUUCUUCCUCCACAUUACCCAGCUCCCUCUCCCUAUUCUCAGCUCCGCACACCAACAGCACUCCAUGUCUUCUGCUUCCACCUGUACCCUGCCGCAGCAAAUCCCAGGAGACCCUCCGUUCAUCCCCCAAUCCGUUCCUUGCAGAAGCCCAACCCAGACCCAGCAGCACCAACCUUUUCACCGGCAACCUAUUGUCCUCCCCACGCCGAUCGCUCACACCCGAUUUCUACACCCAGCAGCAGGCCCAGAAGGCCAGCCCGGGCCUCAGCAGGGCCAUGUCAGCUGUGGUUCACAGUUCAACUCUUCCACCAUCGUUCUCCAGACAACAAUCCUUAGUUCCUGCUUCAGCAGCGGCCCCAGCCAAACAAAACCAAAAAUGGGUCACAUUCGAUGAUGAUUCAGACUUAAUUUCAGGAAAGGCACCAUCUGCUGGUGGGACCGGCCCACCGCUUUUACCCGCAGCCUCAUCCCUUCCCUUCCCACAACCUCAGAGCAGCAUCCCCAGCUCAGGCUUUGGCAUGGACAACAACUGGGCGUCACUUCCCACUUCCAUAUUUCCCACGAUCCCCCCUCCGAUCCCAACCAGGACUAAUACCAGCAUCAAAAACGCCCACAUCCCUUCCAGAAAUGAAUUUACAGAGAGAUGAUACAGCGGAGAAAGUGUAUGUAAAUUACAAAGAAAAUAUUAUUGUGUAUCUAUAAUAUGUGUAUGGUUUGUUUAAAAGUGUGGUGUUGAAAGUUUGUCCAAAAUAGAUCUGGCUGUUUCUUUUAGCCCAACGUAGAUGGGAAACCAAGAGGAAAUCAACACAGUAUGUUAGUAUAUUUUUAGUUUUUAAAAUAAUAGGCAAAAAACCUGUCAUUUGCGUAUUAACCUGCAUAUACACACAUCUGUGUGAAACAUUUUACACUUCAGUGGCCAGAUUUAGUAUAUUACACAUUAGACUGGAAAUCAUAUUUCAUAUUAUAUCACAAAUAUUUAAUAAUAUAUCUCAUUACGAUUUCAGUUUCAUCCUCUACUUACCCUCAUGUCUAAACACAAAAGAAUAUAUUUUGAAAAUGUAUUUUUUCCCCCAUACAAUGGAACUCAAUGGGGUCUAAAUAGGUUGUUUUGGACCCCAUUGGCUUCCAUUAUAUGGACAAAACCAGUUGAAACAUUCUUCAAA